AUGCAUCUGGAGGUCAAGGUUGCCCUUAACUUCAUCGUGUCCUAUUUGUACAAUAAGCUACCUCGGCGUCGGGCCGACCUCUUCGGAGAGGAGCUGGAGCGGAUCCUGGUGUCGCGGUUCGAGGGUCACUGGUAUCCCGAAGCCCCCCUUCGAGGCUCUGCGUUCCGCUGCCUGCACUUGGGAGCCCCGAGAGACCCCGUUGUGGAGCUGGCCGCCAAAAGAAGCGGGUUAGAUACGGAGGAGGUUCGGUCAAAUGUCCCAGCGGAACUCAGCGUGUGGAUCGACCCUUAUGAGGUGUCUUAUCAGAUUGGAGAAAAGGGGGCGGUGAAGGUGCUUUACCUGGAGGACCCGCCGGGCCUGAGUUGCGAUGGGGAGCGACUCGAGGGGGUGAUGAGAGAUGUUAAAGGAGACGCCGAGUUGGAGGAAGCCAAGAGUCUGUGCUUCAAUCCGGACGCUCAGGUGUUCGUUCCCAUCGGAAGCCAGCUAUCUCCUUCCCCCACGCCGACAUCAGUCCAUCCCGUCCCCUCUCUUUUCAACUACCCCACCUCCAGCUCACCCGCCGAACCCACGUCUCACUCCUCCAACACGUCCAGCCCUUCUCCACCUUACCCCAGCGCUCAGCCGCCCUCUUCCUCUCUCCCCGCUGCCCGCCCUCAACCCAUCACCUUCACCACCGCCGCUUUCGCCGCCACCAAGUUCGGCUCCACCAAAAUGAAAAAGUGCAGCGCGGCGGGGUCGACGGGCGCAUCUAGCGUGGCUGUAGGUGUCCCUCCCGUCCAGAGGAUGCUCUCCCACUCCCCUACCGCCAUCUUGGCUCCGGAGAUGCUGAAGCACAAGUCGCUCUCUCUCUCCAUGCACUCGCUUGUGGGUCCCAUCCCCAGCCAGCUCUCCCCCAACGCCAAAGAGUUUGUCUACCCAGGAUCGCAGAGCCCCCAUUACUUCGACGCCGACCCUCAGCCCUUGCAAGCUCACGCCGGACGAUUCCAGCCGUCCUUUGACCCUUUCACCAGCCCUCCGCCUUCCCAAAGUGUGGGCAUCGUGGGCACCAACGGCGAGAUCUCCUACAUGGAAAAACCUCAAUUCGUCGAGGGUUUAGGGAGCUACAACCUGCAAUAUCCGAGCCAGUCCUUCCAGCCUGUCGUGUUGGCCAACUAA